AGCGCGGGGCCCGAGGCCGGCAGGCGGCCCCCCGCAGUUCGGCUUAACUUCGCGCGCGCGCUCGCGCGCGCGGCGAUGCCCGCGCGCCCGCGGGGUGCGCCGGUGCUGCGGCUGGCUGCCUGGGCUCCGAUGGCGCUGGCGAUGCGGCAAGCGGCCGUCAUGUUCAUUUCCCCCGCCACCAGAGGCCCGACAGCGCGCGGGCCGACCAGGGCAGGAGGCGCGUUGGGCCCCCAGGGCGGCCGCCGCUGCCGGCGCGGCGCCCCGCUGCUGGCGCGGCGCGCCAGCGGACUGGCGCUCGAGGUUGACCCGGAGUACCCCGGGACCGCGGUGCAGCGCUUGCGGAACAUUCAGGACCGCGUCCGAAGUCUGAGCCGCGGGGAUUUGGACGGUGACUGGGAGGAGGCCCGCGGGCGUUGCAAGCAGACUCGAUGGGCCGGAGGCCUGCGCGACCUGCCGGAUGCGCAGCCUGGCCGGGGCUACACGGGGCAUGCUUUUAACGACCACAACCAUUGCGACCUCACCGCGAUGCUCGGUGACGUCUCGCACAAUGAGAACGACGGGUCGGUGGACCAGAUAGCCGUGGGGAACCUGCUCGGCCCGGGCAUCGAGGUCGCCAGCCUGCCGGAGCUGGGCCCGGGGGGCUCCUGGAGCACCUGCACGAACGGGUGCCACACGGAUCCGCCGCGGGACGUCGCCCACGUGCAGUUCCGGUCGCGCAUCGCGUUCAAGCUCGUGUGGUGCCCGCCGGACUUCGAGUCCUUCGUCCUCGUCGACGACGCGGGCGGCCUCCUGGCGCGCGGCCGGCCCGGCGGCGCGCUGCCGCAGGAGGGGCUGCGGGCCGCGAACUACGCGCUCGUCAGGGGCAGCAAGUAUGCCAAGGAGGCCGAGGCGGCCGUGGAGUGAGGCCUCGGCGGGGCCCGCCCGCGCGGCGCGUGCCGCCCGCUCGCAGGCGCGAGCUGGCGCAGCGGGGCGCGGCCGACGGCGCAGUGGCGGCGAGGGUUUUUUUGCAAUCCUUCGUUCGCGUGGGUUUUUUUGCAAUCCUUCGUUCAAGCGAGGGUUUUUUUGCAAUCCUUUUUUUUUUGCAAUCCUUCGUUCGAGGCACGCCGGCGCCCCACAGCAGGCGCGGUUCGGGGCGGGCGAGAGGGGCGGAGGUCAGGGGAGUACCUCCAGAGGCACCGCCUCGCCCGUCCUCGUCGUCGUCGUCGUC